GUCCUCCCAUCAUCAACUCAUCCAAUAACACACUACCAUCAAAAAAUCGACACAUUGCCCUUCAGAGUGCGGGGAAUUCCUUGAUUUUUAGCCGGUUUUUGGAUUUGGUUUCUGAAGAUGGCACAGUACGGAGAUAGUUACGGCGACGCAGCUCGCCAAACCGACGAGUACGGCAACCCAAUUCGUCAAACCGACGAGUAUGGCAACCCAGUUGGUGAACGCCACAGCGGAACCGGGGCCUAUGGCACCGGCAUGGGGCACACCGGCGGCACCGGCAUGGGGCACACUGGCGGCACCGGUGCAUAUGGCGCCGGUGGAGCUGGGGGUUACGGCGGCGGGGAGCAUCUCCAACAGCAGCAGCAACAGGGGCAGCAUGGCCUCCGGCGUUCCGGCUCAAGUUCGAGCUCUUCGGAGGAUGAUGGACAAGGUGGGAGGAGGAAGAAAGGGAUUAAGGAGAAGAUCAGGGAGAAGCUACCAGGCGGGCGCCCGGAUCAGUCCCAGAAUACUGCCACCAUGAUGACUCCGGGAGCUGGUGGCUAUGGCGGAGAGCAGGCCGAGAAGAAAGGAAUGAUGGACAAGAUCAAAGAGAAGCUACCAGGCCACCGCGCCUAGAUUUUAUAUAUAUUAUGAGUUAAAACUGUCCUGUCCAAUAUUGAAGAAUUCACGCACUGUCACUACUGUGUGUGUAAAUCUUUGUUUAUGGGAGGAAUAGUAGUGAAGUCCUUUUUAAGAGUGCAAUAAUCGUUCUGAGUCGAGAGUAUAAUUAACGGUAGUAUAUGUCUGAUGGAUGCUAUGUAGAGCGGUCUGUUUGUAUUUAAUAAGGCCUCGCUUGAUCCUAUGGUUGCGCGUCUAUUGUAUGUUCGCUUCUUAUAUUUUUAUGUUAAUGAGAUAUCUCCCGUUUUCAGGACUUA